AUGGCCAACUCUUCUUCGUUGUCAUCCAGCGGCGGCGAGCACAGGUCGCGGACCGCGUCAGCCAUCGUGGCGCGGGCCGGGCCCGUCUCCGGCUGUCACGAUCUCAAGAUAGACGGCUACUCCAACAGCAAGGGGUUGGGCAACAGCAACUUCAUCGCGUCCGAGGCGUUCGGCGUCGGAGGCCGUCGCUGGCGUCUCCAGUACUACCCCGACGGUUUCUACGGUUAUCCCGAGUGGAUAUCCUUCUACCUUUGCCUCGAUUCCGAAGAUGAGAACCCAGUCAACGUGCAGUUCCAGAUCAGUUUGCUCGACCACGAUGGGAACCCGGUGCCAGAGUACACCAAGGUCAGCAGGACGUGCGAUUUCUCCAAGAAAAGAAAAACCAUGAUGUAUGGUUUCGUUCAGUUCAUCAGGGCGACGGAACUAGAGGAAUCUGUUUACCUGAAGGAUGACAUCUUCAGUGUCCAGUGCGACAUGACCGUGCCACAGAAGGUGUACACAGAGCCCAUACCGGCGUCCGACGGCAUGGCGCCACCGCAUGAGAUGUUCCAGCAUCUUGGCCAGCUCCUCUCCACCGGGGAGGGGGCCGACGUCACGUUCGAGGUUGGGGGAGAGAUGAUUCCAGCGCACAGAUGCAUCAUAGCUCGGUCCUCGGUUUUCAGGGCGGAGCUCCUCGGGCCGAUGAAGGAGAAGACGGACGCUUGUAUCAGGCUCGAUGGCAUAGAAGCUAGAGUGUUCAAGGCAAUGCUCCACUUUGUCUACACCAACUCGUUCCCGCACAUAGAUGUGGGAGAUGAGAUGGCCAUGGCUCAACAUUUGCUUGUGUUGGCGGAUAGAUAUAAUCUCGGGAGGCUUAAGUUGAUUUGCGAGGACAUGCUGCACAGAUACAUCGAUACAAGCACCGUGGCUACUACAUUGACGCUGGCCGAGCAACAUGGUUGUGGCGGGCUCAAGAAUGCGUGCUUGAAGUUCCUUGGGUCUCGGGAGAAUUUCAACGCACUUAUGGCCAGCAAUGGGUUUGAGCAUCUCACCAGGAGCUGCCCCUCUCUCCUCAAGAAUUUGGAUGCCAAUCUUGCUGACUAG